AUGUCGGCCAGUAUUCAUUUGGACCCUGCGCUAAACUGCAACAACGAUGACAGCGAUGCUCGUGAUCGAGGAAGGGGACGUGGACGAGGCAAAGGAAAGGGCAAGGGUCGCGCCCAAGAGCAUGUUCGCAUCCCGCCUGCCCCUAGCAGACCCCAGCGCCCACCGCCAUCCAUCAACUUCGCCACUAGAAUCUCUGAGCCUGGGGACUUCAUGUCCUCAUUUCAGUCUCGCCGAGCAACCGAAACGUACAAGAACCCUGUUGAUACAAUCCCCUCUGCUCCAAUGCAGAAGACUGCGUCUGCACAGGAAGCCAUUCCGCCUAACGAGCAAAAGGCCAAGGCGCUUCUGGGGGGUACACCCAAGAAGAAGACGGCGGGCAUUCCUCCACCUUCGAAGCCUGCAUCCUCGCCAGUGGCAACAUCGACGACGCCAUCUCGUGUUGUUCCUAUUGAGAAGACUGCGUCAUUCCAUUCCUCCAAAGCUCAGGCUACUGCAGCCAAGGUUUCUCAGCCACAUAUUGGGCCAUACCUAGUGGAAACGCCCUCGCCGUCACCUCGUGUUGUUCCCCUCGAUAAAGCAGCAUCUUCCAAAAGCCGCAAGGCCCAGCCUGGUACACCCAAAGUGUCUCGGCCACAUGAUAAAGCCACUCCAGUGGAAGCACCCAGCCCACCACCGUCUCGCUCUGUUCCUGUCCAACAAAGCGCCAAGUCCAAAAAGGUGGAAGACGUGGCGGCUGGUUUGCAGGCUUCUUAUCCAGCAGUUGUCGCAAUCGCUGCGGAUGAAAUUCAGUGGAAGGUUCCGGCAGGCGAACAGCCACGAAAGAAGGGCACUGCUCCAUCCGAAAAGCCCCUGCCACUCCCCGAGGCUAAGAAGACGACAGUCCCGAAGGUCGCUCAAGCUAAAGACAACAAGCAGAAUGUUUCUCCUGGUACCCAGAAGGAGGAAACCAAGCAGAAAGCUCAGUCUCAAGAUCUUCUCAGCGGGGACGACUCUCCGGUUAAUACACCAACGACAGUCCCUCACCAUUUGAAGACAGUGGCCAUCCAGAGUCCAGGUACUGCAGAAUUGGCAGGUCUCAAGUUUGCGGAGAGACCCGGGGAGUCGGUGCCCGUUAAGAGUAUUGACGAAGUUAUUGCCCCCAAGACAACGAGCACUAAGAUCCCAGAAGCCCAGUCUCGCCGCAAUGACCAGAGUCAAGCACUUGACGGCUUCGGUAUCUAUGGUCCGCAGAUUGUUCAAGAACUCCGCGAACUCCGCAGACACAUUCGUACACCUCAAGACUUGGCUACUACCCGUGAUAUUGAACGCAUACUGGAAUCUAAAUUGCUCCAGUUGGUCCCUGCAGCAUAUGCACCACCUGCGUCUGCAGCACCUGCAUCCUCGGAGAUAGAAAGUCGAUUGGGUAAUCUGGUUGCACUUGUGGAAUAUCUUUCAACAUCUCAGCAAGGAACUAACGCUGUUGAAGCUUCUUCGGCUGCCCGGCGUGACCUUACCCCCUUUGAGGGGCACCGAUCGCCGCCUCCACCGUCCUCGAGUUCCAACUCACCCCCAUCUGCGGAUAAACGUACGCACAAGGUAUGUGUGCCCGGGCUCUCGCCAACCAAGAGUGAGAGUUCCGACAUAAUCUCCCAGUUCGAAACUCUUCAGGUUUCGGACAAACUAGCCGCACCCCUUCAACCACAGCGCGUAGCCCCAGUUCCAGUUCCUCGUCUACUUGAUGUCCCAAAGAGGGCCACUACAUCUGAUGCGUCCAUUCAGCCUGCUCGAGCAAAGGAGGCAACGAAAAAGCCACAGACUCUCAACGAUUCGAUUUUCGCAGGACCUGUAGGCCCUGUCACCUCCAAUACUAACGUUAUCGAACCUAAUGUGGUGCGAUCCCAGACCACGACUCGGGGGCUGAGCGCAAGCCAUUCGAACAUUCCCAAGCAACAGGAUGUUCAAUCAAUCGGCGCUCGUACAAUCGGCCCUGCGCCAUACAAACCCCGCGUUAUUGGUCCGGCGCCUUCUGCCUAUGAGCCAACCACGUUGCGCGAUGUGUCAACAGCCCACGUCCGUACCGUUUCUGCCCAGCAUUUCAAUACUGAGAAUUGGCCCUCAUUGAACGUUGCAAGCCGCGUUCCGAGUUCCAUGGGUGGAUCAUAUGGCCCAGAUUCUCAGCAAACUCCGAAUCCAGUGUUCUCCAUGCCUGACCCUGCGACGAUCCCCCCCAAAGCGAAGGGUCCUAGCUCUUUCCCUCCCAACCGAUCUCGUCGCUAG